AUGGCGCCGCCCGGUGAAUUGCUUGGAGCCAAAACGAAGUUGUUUGAAGCGCUCGGGAAUGAUUCCCAGCGAUAUUUGAAGGAAAUGAAGCUGUGGUUUUCUCGUCGGAUUACUAGAGAAGAGUUUGAUGGAGCAGUCAGGAAGUUUAUGUCUCGUGAAGCGACUAUCUUACACAACGAAUUUCUGUUGGCUCUCUUGGAUCGUGUUACAGCUAAUGUCGCUAGUCCUCCCAAAAACAACACUCCCUCAUGUGUGCCAGUCGAUAUUCAGAUGCCAUCCACCUUGUUGUCCCCUUCUGAUGAUCUUCAAGCCCGACAGGAGAGUGCGGAAAAGAUGAAGAGAGCAAAAUUGAGGAAGAAGCCCAGACAGUUAAGGUCUACAUUUGAUCAGCGAUUUCAACCUGCAGAACCUGAAAAACCUCUGUCGAUUUCUGAUUCCAUGCUAUUGGAACAUCCUUUGAAUCAGAGUCCAUUCCUGUUCACACGAGAGAGAUGGAUGCCGGAUGAGGCACUACUGCAUGGCCGCUUGUUUGUGGGUGUCUGGGAAAUGGGCUUGGAAAAUGUGGAUGAAGAAGCUGUCCAAAUGGUCCAUGCCUCCAUCUCCCACCUUCUGAAGAACAUUCUAUCGGCAGUUGCACGGUUGAGAAAAGGGUUCCGAAUGCGAGGUGACCGGUUCAUGUAUCAGGUGGGAGUGGAAGUGCCAAGUCCGUGGCUUCAGUCUACUUCAAAGCUUCGGCUGUAUCAGGAACAUGGUGUAGAGACUGAAGUGGCUAAUCUUGCCGGUGAUCAGGUGUAUCUACCUCCAGUUCCACCACCUAAGGCAAUGGCUGAGCAAAACCAUGCAUUUGCAGAAGCAUGUGGAGCCCAGAGAGCAAAGGAGCUUCGUCCUGUCUCUCUGUUCGACCUUUGGGAUGCUUUGCAAGUCCAUAAGAACAUGGUACCAUCUCAGGCUGUGUAUUCCCUGGCCAUGGAACAGAUUGCUUCUGCCAUGUGGCACCCAGGACAUGAAGAACUACAGAGGCUCAACCUAAAGCUAACUUGAAACCAAUCUUUGCAUUUGAUGCUGUUCAUGAUGCAGAGUCUUCUCUUGCUGUGAU